GUCAGAAGGUCACAAAGCUUGCAAGGUAACUGACACAAUUUGAAACUGCUUGGCCCCCUUUAAAAAGAAAUAAUAAAAUGGGAGAGAAUGAAGCAAGUUUACCUAACACAUCUUUGCAAGGUAAAAAGAUGGCCUAUCAGAAGGUCAAUGCAGAUCAAAGAGCACCAGGACACUCACAGUACUUAGACAAUGAUGACCUUCAAGCCACUGCCCUUGACUUAGAGUGGGACAUGGAAAAGGAACUGGAGGAGCCUGGUUUUGACCAGUUCCAACUAGAUAGUGCUGAGAAUCAGAACCUGGAGAAUCCAGAGACUGCAGAUCUCAAUCUUGAUUCCAUUCAACCAGCAACUUCACCCAAAGGAAGGUUUCAGAGACUUCAAGAAGAGUCUGACUAUGUUACCCGUUACACAAGAUCUGCACCAAAGAGCAACCCCUGCAACUUUUGCCGCCUUUUAAAAAUACUUUGCACAGCCAUCAUUUUAUUUAUUUUUGGGAUUUUGAUAGGCUAUUAUGCACUUAAAAAGUGUCCUUCCAAUGCUACGUCUUCAGCACCGCUUGAUCUUCAGUUAUACCAAGAGAUUCUCCAGACAAUCCAAGCAGAAGAUAUUAAGAAGUCUUUCAGAAAUUUGGUACAACUGUACAAAAGUGAAGAUGACACAGAAAUUUCAAAGAAGAUUAAGACUCACUGGACUUCUUUGGGCCUAGAAGAGGUACAGUUUGUAAAUUACUCCGUGCUGCUUCAUCUGGCAGGCCCGUCUGCCAGCUCUGUGAUUCUGGGUAGCAGCGGCCAAUGCUUUCGUCCUAAUGGCCAACCCUGCAGCGAAGAAGCCAGAACACAUAGCAGCCAAGAUCUGCUCUACUCAUAUGCAGCCUAUUCUGCCAAAGGAACUCUCGAGGCUGAAGUCAUUGAUGUGGGUUAUGGAAAUGCAGAUGAUUUAAAAAGGAUUCAAAAAAUGAAAAAUACAACGAAUCAGAUUGCACUCCUGAAAUUAGGAAAAUUGCCAUUACUUUAUAAGCUUUCCUUAUUGGAAAAGGCUGGAUUUGGUGGUGUUCUUCUAUAUAUUGAUCCUUGUGAUUUACCAAAGACUGCAAAUCUUAGCCAUGAUACCUUCAUGGUGUCACUGAACCCAGGAGGAGACCCUUCAACGCCUGGUUAUCCAAGUGUGGAUGGAAGCUUUAGGCAAAACCGAUCAAACCUCACGUCUCUGCUAGUUCAGCCCAUCUCGGCAUUUCUCGCUGAGAAACUGAUCUCUUCACCAAACAGCAGAACCAAAAAUGGUGUCUGUAGCCCUCUAGAACUUCCAGAUAAUGAUGAAAGAACUGUCAACAUGCAAGUUCAGACAGUUACAAAAUUCAAAACAGUUACUAAUGUUGUUGGAUAUUUAAAGGGCUUGACAUCUCCAGACCGGUAUAUCAUAGUUGGCAGCCACCAUCAUACCGCAUAUGGUCCUUACGGACAAGAGUGGGCUAGCAGCACUGCCGUAAUCACGGCUUUUAUCCGGGCCUUGAUGUUAAGAGUUAAGAAAGGGUGGAGACCAGACCGCACAAUUGUUUUCUGUUCAUGGGGAGGAACAGCUUUUGGCAACAUUGGCUCAUAUGAAUGGGGAGAGGAUUUCAAGAAGGUUCUGCAGAGAAAUGUUGUGGCUUACGUUAGUCUCCAUAGUCCCAUAAGGGGUAACUCAAGUCUACAUUCCAUAGCUUCACCAUCUCUUCGGCAACUGGUAAUGGAGAAAAAUCAUUUCAACUGUUCCAGAAGAGCUAAGUGCCAAGAAACCAACGUCAGUUCUGUACAGAUACAAGGUGAUGCGGAUUAUUUCAUCAACCAUCUUGGAGUUCCCACUGUGCAGUUUGCCUUUGAGGACAUCAAAGCAUUAGAGGGUCCAAGUUUUCUCUCUGAGGCCCUUUUCCCUAAACUUGCAACAAAAAUUGAAGAAAUGGAUCCUUUUUUCAACCUUCAUGAAACCAUUACCAAGCUCUCAGGAGAAGUGAUUUUGCAAAUUGCCAAUGAACCAGUUCUGCCCUUCAAUGCUCUCGAUGUAGCUUUAGAAGUUCAAAACAGUCUUAAAGGUGAUCAACCCAACACUCAACUGCUAGCCCUGGCCUCACGCUUGCGGGAGAGUGCUGAACUCUUCCAGUCAGAUGAGAUGCGUCCUGCGAAUGAUCCGAAGGAGAGAAUUCCCCUCCGUGUCCGAAUGCUGAAUGACAUUCUCCAAGACAUGGAAAAAAACUUCCUGGUACAGCAAGUGCCACCAGGUUUUUAUAGAAAUAUCCUGUACCACCUUGAUGAGAAGACAAGCCAGUUUUCAAUCCUCCUGGAGGCACAGGAGCACUGCAAGUUACUUGCCUCAAAUGAGACCCUUCAAGAAGCCCUGUCAGAGGUGUUGAAGAGCAUUAAUUCAGCUCAGGUUUACUUCAAAGCAGGACUUGAUGUGUUCGAGAGUGUCUUGGUUGCAAAGAACUGA